AGUAAGAAUCUUUUCUACGAAGAGAGGAUCAUGAAGGGUUGCAGCUUAGAUCUCUGCCUAUCUCCAAUGACCACCUCUACGCUUCAAUCUUGUCGCCAAGAUUCUACGGUUAGUGAUCAUUCGUCAGCCAUGAAAUCUAAGGACAUCAAUGCAUUUUGUAAUGGGAGAUUAAGUGAAUACGAUCUUGUAGAGAUUCAGAUAAGGGCAAUAAUAGAGAUGGCAAGCAAGGAGCGUGAAGUAACAACGUUAGAGUUAGCUCCGGUGAGAUUGGAAUCGCCGUUAGGGUGUUCGGUGAAGAGAUCCGUCAAGAGGUUCUUGGAGAAGAGAAAGAAGAGAAACAAAUCUAUUACACUUACACUUACACCUCACACCUCUACCCCUGCCUCAUCCUCCUCUCCUCAUAAUUUCUAAACCUAAUUAUCAAACCAAAACAAACAAAAAAUGCAUUCUUCAAAUAUGGGUUGAGUAAAAUCUAGCUCGUGUCACUUUUCUCGAUACUCGACGAAGAACUUCGAGUUUUUUUUUUUAUAUAAGAAAAAAUCAUUUUGGAUCGCUUGUAUUAGUUUUCUCUUCCCCAUUCAUGUAUGAAGGAAG